AUGUUAUCGGACUCAAAUGAUGGAUUAAAAGCUUCCCUCUCAAUAAAAGCUUUAAACUGGCGGCAUAACUCUGCCUCAGACUAUAUCAAGGCAGCAGCAAUAGAGUAUGUGGAGAAUUUUUUCAAACCAAAAUUCAAUCCAAGAACGAGAAGAAAGACACAAUUUGCAAUUGAAUUUUCGACGAAUUUUAUUAACCUUCUCCAAGUUUUGUCCUUGACGUGGUAUCCAGACAUGAACCUCCGAUAUUGAAAACAAUAUAGCCAAGGUCUGCUUUUAGCUUACCAUGAGAUAUAAGGAUGUUCGGCGUUUUCAGAAAGAAAAUUCAUAGCUAAAGGGCAGCAAAAACUAGUCCUGGACUAUACUCAAAAUAUUGAAAAGUUAUGUCUUACCCCUGCUUUGACCAAAUAUUGUCAAGUUUCCAUAUUUAUGUCUUGGCUUUUUACAUUUCAAUCGCAAUCCUAUGAAUUUGUGUUAUUCUUGUAGUAUUGACAAGUGUUUUGAAAACGUUUAAGUUUAGGUUUUACAGAAUGCUGAUUUAUUUGCCGAGUGAAAUUUUAACUUUUUUGUCAUCAAUUGGGUAUUUGCCGACACUGAUGAUUUUUUUGGUCACUGUAAAAUAUUCCUUAUUAGGAAAUGUAGAGGAUGAUCUUUAUAGUCCUAUGCCUGAUAAUGGCAUCAACUUAUCCCUUCAGUAAUUAGCAAAAUAUGAUGAAAAACUAUUUUUUGGAAAAAAGUCCAAUUUUUUUUUCUAUAUAGCCUUACAGCUGAUAUUGAUCGGCUUAGGUUGGGAGAAUGCCUGUAACUCCCCGAUUUGGUUGUCUAAUAUAUAUUGAUGAGCCAACUCAGGUUGUUGACUAAUGCCUUAUAUAGAGCCUAUCUGUCAACUCCCCUAGCUGGAGAAUCAAAUAGGGGAGUUACUAGGCAUCUCCAGUCAAUCAUUAUCGAUUUCGGGCUAUAUAUAUUAAUUAAUUUUUUGAAAAAAUAGCAUAAAAAUAAUUUUUUCUUUUUUUAAAAUAAUCUUGGAGAGUUAGGUGCUUUUGGAGCCAUUUUUGGUAUCAUUUCAACAAUUCUGCUCUUUUUAUUAAGCAUAAUCUAUGAAUUAUUUACAGCAGAUAUUAGGCAUUCCUAUUCUGAUGUAAAUAUCAAAGCCAGGGCAGAUUCAAAUCUAGACAUGACUAUCUCAACAUACAAGCUUAUUUUAGUCAUUAUAUAACGAUGACCCCCCCUCAAUCUUCAUGUCUACUGCAACAAAAAUUUUUCGAAAAAAAUCUUCAUGCCUACUGCAACACAACAUUUUUAUAAAAAAAAUUAAUGCAUUUUUCUCUAGGUGAGUUUCUCAAAAAAACCAUAAAACAGCGCUACUGUAGGUGUGUCAAUGACCUUCUCAUCGAGAUUUGGACGGCUAUUGCCAUCGCUCGCCAUUUUAUUAAACUUAUCUAGCUAAAAAGUGCGGAAAAAUUUAAGAUGCGCAUCAAAAAUUUGUUGCAAGAGGAUUAGGAUUAUUAAAGACAUGCGCUAGCCAUAUUGGUGACGCAGUCACCAAAAAUCUUCCGUACGGAAGGUUUUACCGCUUUUCGACUCCAGCCCAGAGGGUCUAUCCCUUACGAGUGCCCUACCGGUACCUUCUGUCUCCUACUUUGCCUUGAGGUUUCAGUCUUGAGUGGCGGCUUUGGAUUUCUUGUCCUGCUACGGGCGAUAGGAGUAGCUUGAUUCCAAGGAUCAGCUCCUUGGAGUCUAUCGGGUGUCAAAGUGCCUUCCUUCAACAGCUACAGCAAAAAGACUGUUCCCCUGUGGCCUGGGCCGAAACCCCCAGUUUCUCGGUAGAGGAAUACCCAUGGGUCCUCGAAUCCAAAGGACCUUGUUGAGCACAUCUAUUUCCAACCACAGGAAAGCAGUCAAAAACCUACCCGGAUACACACUUCUUGAGCUUGCGUCUGAUUCUCGGCUCGGAGUCUGUUCCAGUUCGCUGUAGCCAUAAGGUCUGGACUGUUGCGCCAAGAGGGCAGGUUGGCACGUGUCGCCAUUUUAAUGUAUAUAAUUCGUUGCAAGAGACAUGAAAAUUAUUAUUUUUUUAUAUAUAAUUUGUUGCAAGAAACAUGAAAAUUAUUUUUUUUUUUAUAUAAAAUUUUAUAUUAAAAAAUUGCAUUUUUGUUUCAAUAGACAUGAAGAUUGGGGGGGGGGUCAUCGUUAUAUUUUUUAUGGCCGCAGCCACCAUGAAUGGCUACUUAUAUUUAUCAUAAUUUCUUCAGCAAUUUUAGCAUAUUUAACACACAAAUUCAAUUCUUACUACAACCCAAUGGUAAAUGCUUUUAAAGUUUCGAAAUUAUGCGUCCUUUCAUCAUGCUCAGCAAGUUUUUUGUUUGGGGUAUGAAUGGACAAUGCAGGGAUAAUUCUGCUGCUCUGGCUAAUAGCAAUCCCAGCAUUAUCUCUUAUAGUCUUCAGGAGAAUUUAUAGGCUAUUGCUCAUUCCAGAGUCUACAGACUAUUUGGCAGCCAAUCAGCAUAUUUUUGAGCUAAAAAUCAGAAAACUUCUAAUGGACAAGUCUUUAAGGGAAGAAAGCAAAGUUGUAAAAAUUUUCGCACAAAUUUAUAAGCAAAAAAUGUUUCAAAGAGAUAAAUUGCUGGUGGCUUGAGAAGUUUACUAUUAUUUGCAUACUAUAAAUGAUGUUAGGCUGGCAAAAUUGAGGUUUUCAAAAAUGGCUUAUGCCAAUUCUAGUCUGGAAGGGGAGAUACAGGAAUGAAGAAUAAAUAAAUGGAUCAAAAAACACCAUGAAGGAACUGACCAGAUUGCUAAUAAUUUUUUGAUUUAUUUAAUUGAGCUUGAGCAAGCAAAAAAAGAAGACGAAAUUUUAUGCAGACAUCUAAUAGGACUUUGGAUUGAAGUGUGCUCUAGUAAACCAAGAUUAAAUCAUUUGGAAAAUUUAGUAGAAAAUGUUACCAAACAAAUUGAACUUGUAGUCAGGCUUUACAAGAAAUUAAUUAUCCAAAACCAUUCAAAAGCAUAUGAACUUUAUGGUAGCUUGCUGCAACAAAUUCUGACUCAUCAAAUGGAUAUUGAACAAUUCAAUUUCUAAAUAAAUUAAUUCUUCCGUUUUUAUAGAGAUUUUUAAUUUAAAUAAAAAAAAUAAUUUUUGUAAAAUUUAUAAUAAAUAGGUGCUCAUUAUAAGAAUUCAGAAUUAAGAGAUAGUGAUAAAGGACAAACCAUUUUAGGAAAAGUCAGUGCUCUAAAAAGUGAAGAAGAGAUGUCAAAAUACGAGCCAAAACUAUCCAAGUUUGAUGAAAAUUAUGCAAAUAUUUUGAUUUCGGCUGAUAUUAAAACAUUUGGAAUUAUUGUUUACGUUAAUGACUUUGCAGCUACAAUUUUAAAUGAAACCAUAAAUAAUGUCAUAGAAAACAAUAUUCACCAAUAUAUACCAGCUCCUUAUAACAAAAAUCACCUAAAAUAUAUGAAGCGCUUCGUCAGUACUUGUAAAAACCCUCAAGUAGACAAAGGCAAUUCAUUUUUUAUACUAGACCAUUACGGAUAUGUGCGCGAGUGCCAAUUUCUUAUAAGAUUGACCGCCCUCAAUGAGCGAUUAUACUUUAUGGUCUCUAUGAGGCCUAUUUUAUCAACUCGCCAAGUCGCUUUAAUUUCAGAAGACGGGCUUAUCUACUGCCACAGUCAAAAUUUCAGCAAGGACAUCGCAGAGCCAGAGGUAAAGUCUUUAAAAUUCCAAUAUAUUUCCUCACUCUCCCCCCCUCCGUGAGUGAACAAAAAAAUUUUGUUCACUCAUGGAGGGGGGCUAAUUUUUUUUUUUUAAAAAAAAUUAUAUAUAAAUUUUAUAGAAAAUUUUUUUCUUCGAAAUUUAAAAAAAUCCUAAUUUGCAAAAAUUGAAAAGCAAAUAUUAAUUUAAUUUAUAAAAUUUAUAUGUUUUUAAAAAGCAAUUUGGUUAGAAUUAACAGAAUUAGCUUUAGAUUUCAUUAUACUAAUUAUCACUUAUAUAUCAAAAAUUUUUUCCAUAAAAAAUUUUUCUAUUUAAAAAUAUUUUUGUUCACUCACGGAGGGUGGGUUUUUAGGCAAAAAAUAUGAUUUUUCUAAUGGCUUUGUUCACUCACGGAGGGGGGGGAGUCAGUAAUUCCGAGUGUUGACUUUGCAAAUUUACCUAAAUCAAAGCCGACUCUGUUUAAAGUAGGCGAAAUUAUUUUAACAAUUAUCCAUUGUGUUAAGCCAAUGAAAAAUACAAAUAUAAACUAUGUUCUUAUAAUAAGAGACCAAGAAGAAGUAGAAAAAUGGACAGAAAAUGAAGACUCUGAUCAAUAUGAUCUAUCAGAUCCGGAUUUUUCUGAUAAAGAUUACAAUGAAAGCAAGCAUAUACUUUAUUAUUUUUUAUAAAUUUUUUUUAAAAAAUAUUUUUAUUUUUUCAAUUUUAUUUGGCUUAGGAAUAUUGUAAAACUUGACAUCCCCCUUAAAGUGACUUUCCAAAAAAAGAGAAUAUCAAGCUCCUUUUCGGCAACUGAAGUCGCAUCGGAUUUUGAGCUGACUCAUGAAUCUAUGAAAAUGCAAGAUAUUCAGCAAUCUGAAGAAAGGACAGGCUCAAUGACACAAAGUAGCUCUUCCAAUGACUAUAUAAGUACUUAUUAUUUAGGGGUCGGAAAUCAUAUUAUUAAUAAAUCAGUGAAAAUUUUGAAGCAGUUUAGAUUAGUUCUGCUGCUUUCUGUAAGCAAUAUAUAGAUAUUAUCAGUAACAGCUACAAAUAUAGCUAUAGCUAUUUAUAUUUCCCAAGCAGUUGACCAUUCCUUGUCUGUGAACACUUACAAAGACCUUGGAAUUGUGAUGUACGAGACCGUUUUUGCUGCUGAAAACGCUCGGUCAGUCUAUUACUCAAAAAAUCUUUUUCAAGACCAAAAUACUACAAAUUAUCUAAAUUCGCUUAAAAAUUCACUUUCCUUACUCACGAUCUCCCAAGACGCCCUUUAUUCAAAUUUACAGUCCUGAAGCUACUGUAAAAGCUCAGACAUUAUUGAUAAAAAUCUAAUUGGCGUAAGAGACUAUGACUCUGCAGUCGUGUCUUCACACGAGGUCUACUCCAUAACGACUAUUUUUUUUUGGCCUAUUUUUUUUUGGCCUAAUUUUUUUUAGCCUAUGUUUUUUUGGCCUAUUUUUUUUUAGCCUAUUUUUUUUUGGACUAUUUUUGUUUUGGCCUAUUUUUUUUUCGCCUAUUUCAUGACCACUAUUUUUGUUUGGCCUAUUUUUUUCGCCUAUUUCAUGACGACUAUUUUUUUUUUGGCCUAUUUUUUUUUGGCCUAUUUUUUUUGGGCUAUUUUUUCUUAGCCUAUUUUUUUUGCCUCGCCUAUUUUUUCUUGGCCUAUUUUUUUUGGCCUAAUUGUUUUUGACUUUUUUUUGGCCAUUUUUUAGCUAUUUUUUACUAAUAAAAUACACCUUUAACAGAUCUCUUACUCCAUGAAUGCUAAUUCAUUGCUUUUUAAAUUUCGAGAAUUUUAAAUUUAAUUAGGCUUUUUCCACUUAAUUUACUCAAUAUUAAUCGUGUAAGGAAAUAUAUCCGUUAUCCAAUAAUUUAUUUAGUUCUCUCAGCAGCUUCAUGAAUUAUCCUCGACAGAAAAAAUAGGACAAAAAAAUUAGGCGAAAAAAAAAUAGGCCAAGAAAAAAUAGGCCAAAAAAAUAGGUCAAAAAAAAAUAGGCUAAAACCAAUAGGCUAAAAAAAAAUAGGCUAAAAAAAAAUAGGCCAAAAAAAAUAGGCUAAAAAAAAAUAGGCCAAAAAAAAUAGGCUAAAAAAAAAUCGGCUAAAAAAAAAUAGGCCAAAAAAAAUAGGCCAAAAAAAAAUAGUCGUCAUGAAAUAGGCCAAAAAAAAUAGCCAAAAAAAAAUAGGCCAAAAAAAAUAGGCCCAAAAAAAAAUUAGGCCAAAAACAAAUAGGCCCAAAAACAAAAGUCGUUAUGGAGUAGACCUCGUAUGAAGGAACCCUCUGCAGUACCAAAAACUUUAAUGAAAAAUCUUUUUGAUGAAAUCAGUAUGUUUAUUGACCAUGUAAGCUUUAUUUAGACACAAAGUUUUAUAUAGAGCGUAAAGCAAUUUUUAAACAUACCUCUAUUUCUCGAUUUUUUUUACAUGCGGAGGUCUAAAAUUAAAGCAUUUUAAUGCGCUAAAAAAGAUUAUAUUUCAUAAAAAAUUUUAUUCACUAUAUCAGAUGUAGAGAAUUUUAAAGAUUACACACAAGAUUUAAAGUUUGUGAUUGCCAAUGGACUCGGAAGAGCUUUUCAGAAAACAAAUUCGUCGCUGCAUGGGCUUUCUGAUUGUGAAAUAGAAAAAAUCUAUGAAAAUAGCAAUGAGGUGAUUAUUUUAGCUGUUUCUGGAUCAGCUUUGUUAGGAAUUUGUAUGAUGAUUUUGUUUUUAUUUAUUUUUUUGAUAAAUAAAAGAUAUGAUCAGCUUUGGAAUUUUGUGAUAAAAAUUACCCAUGAUGCUUAUUUUGAUUUAAAUGGACAUUGCUUUGACAGGCUGUCUUCAGUUCUUGGUACCGAUUUAACCCAAGAAGAAAUAAAUUCCUUAUUAAGAUACAAGCCAAAGCAUAAGGAAGUUAAUUUCAAAAUUAUUUUUCGGCAUUUCUCUAGACUUUUUGUUUUUAUUGGGCUGACGAUAGCAUACUAUCUUGUCAUUCACCAAUACCUAUAUCCUUCAUGUGAGCGAUAUUUAAUUGAGAGGCCAAAACUCCUCUCAAACUAUAUAAAUAGACGAUCCCUAAUCCCAUUGAUUGAUUUUUGAGCUAAAGAAACUGGGACUUUUGAGCAAGACUAUGGCUUGAAAAUUGUUUUAAAUAAUUCAUAUAUUUUUGAGCACCCUGCAGAGGAAUUGAUAAAUACAGUCGAAAAAUUAUGAGACGCAAACCACAACCUCCUAAGCCAGCUCAAAUAUAUGUCUUCAGAGCUAAAAGUCUCAUUAUUUCAAAAAAAAUCCAAUCAAAUUCCAGAUGAAGGUUUUGCAUAUGGCUCGUUUUGAUAUACAAAUUUAUUGAUUUUUGACUCAUUUUUGAUAGAAAACGAUGAGAAUAAUGUGAUAGAAAAUAUGGAAAAUCUGGGGAAAAGAAUAGCGAAUUUGGAAGAGGCGAUGUCUUUAAAUUUUGAAAUUAUCGAUAAAACGUCCAAAGAUAUGAUAACAAAAAAGUUGAAUAUUAUUACUUAUACGUCACUUGGGUAUUUGAUGAUUUCAGUAUUAAUGUAUCUAGUGUUUUACUUGCCAUAUACUUUGGUUGAUAUCAAGAGUCUUCAGAAAUUUCAGAUUAUUAUAUCAGUUAUUCCAAGAUUUAUAUCAGUUACUGAAAAAAGCCCAAGAAGAGAUUAA